GACCCCGAGAUGAAAAACACAUUCUGGAACGUGGUCACGUCCGUCGGCCUGGCGGAGGGCGUGAAGCAGACAUCCAAGUGGCAGCCGAAGAAGUUCUUCAUCGACAAGUACGGCGCGGAGGAGGCCGAGGAUAUGAUGGAGAACGGCACGCUCAUGUCCAAGAAGAACCCGCUGAACCCCAAGCGGAAGCUGCACCUCGACAUUUCGGACGAGCAUACCAAGGAGCUGACGCGGGGCAAGCGGCGCGAGGUGACUGGCCAGAAGGCGAUCGAGGGCAUGGAGUUCGACUUUUUGUCCAAGGCCUUGAAGAAAGGCAAGCAG